AUGGGGUUCGUGAGUCUCAGGGAUCUGGUAACUCCGGAUAAUGUGCUGGGCGACAAGAGCUGGAAGAUCAAGGAACUGGGUCUUCCUGAUUACUGGAAAGAUCCCGUGGGCUUCCUGACUGGCUAUGUAUCAAGAGUGAUUGUCUACAGUGGCGAGCUCGAGGGCAAGCGGGAUGGCGAUGUCAUUUUCCUCUGUGGCCGCACCCCUUAUGACAUGUACGAGUGCCUGGACAGGGAGAUGGACAAGAACGAUGGGCCUUACCUCCUCUUCGGCGUGCUCCUGUCCAGGGGGUUUCGCGUCACCUUUUACAGGUGGGAGCGGCUUGACUAUGGCGAGGAGGUGCGCAAGGACGUGUGCGAUACCGCCUUCAAUUUCAACAUUUCGUACGAGGUUCGCGACGUGAUCGGGCCGACCAUCCGCGGAAUGCUGAUGGAAGCUCGCACCGACGCUGAGAACAAUCUCAAGGUGCUCAAGGCUGGAGUCGACACCAGGAUGAUCCCGCCGGAGGAGUACGAUUUGUUCGUGAACUAUCCAGAUCGUGAUGUUAUUCAGGUGUGAUGACCAAGGGUUUGGAGUGCUUGAGUCCAA